AUGGCCGGACGCAGUUACUCAAAUAAUGGUAGGAACCAUUAUGAUAACGGUGAUAUGCGUGAAUACAAAGAACCUCCCCAUGACUGGAAGAAAUUCACUGAACUAACUUUCAGGGUUAGUAACGUUCCUUCUAAGGCCAACGUUUCUGAAAUGAAAGAUGCGUUUGCUGCUCAUGGCACUGUUUAUAAAGUUGAAUUUGAAACGAGAGAUUCUUCGGAGGGUGAACAACCAACCGGGGCUGUGUUUGUAUCUUUCAGACCGGUGCCCUCUACUCCAUUCUGGAGAGAUGCAGUACGUUUCCAUGGGAAGGUGUUACAAGUGGAUUAUAUUGACCAUAUGUCGGAACGUUUCUGCGACUAUACUGACAAUAAGAGAUAUAAGUUAAGAUUUCAUUCGUUAAGAGCGGAAAGUUUAGAGAUGGGGGUCUAUCAACAACCUGAAGUUUUUGUUUCGGAAGCAAUUUAUACGGACCUCGUAAAUUUCAUCAUUAAUUAUCAAAAACGUAAUAUUACUAUUGAAUUUGGUGUAAAGAGUUCACAGCAAUAUUACACGUUUAAGAUGGAAAUCGAGUUUAAGGAUAUCGACGGCGAGGUUCAUGGAGAACUAGAUGACUCAAAGCAACGAUCACGGGGAAUAAUCACCAUUGCUAACAAGUUUCCUGCUAGAUAUUGGAUGCUCGACAAUAGGUUACAAUCCAAUAAUAAAUAUAUUUGGUGUAUGGCCGACUCUUGGAAGCGUAAAACUGAAAUACGAGUAAAAAAAAGCAAUACGGAUGGGAUACCCCUUCAGCCACAUAUGCCAGAUAAUAGUGAACAACUAGGAAAAUGGGUUGUUUUUAGAAUUACCUUUGACCUGGAUAGAGUUGCCAAUACACCUAGAGAAGGGUUCGUUCUAUUCAAGGAGAUGAUGCAAAAAGCAAGUGAAUAUAAUCUAGCUCCCAAAAACGGCAUUAACAAAAAACCGCUACGUAUUGUUAAUGGGACUAAUUUGCGCAAAUAUGUGGAACGUUCAAUGUUAAAUUAUGACGUCCUUUAUAUGGUUGAAUGUAACCUUUCUUUCAACUUUUUGCACGACUAUAAUCUGAAUAACGAGUUCUUUUCACUAUUGAACGAUCUACCAACUGAAUCCGCUACGUAUAUUUUGGAGUCGAUCUAUGCGAAAAAGAAACGUCAGUUCGAUCCAUUGUCAUAUUUAAGAUAUGAGUCCAUGAGACAUGUCGAGAGGAAGCCGAGGCAUGUACCAUCCUAUUGCGCGAUGAUGCGUAAAGUUGUAGUAACCCCAACAACAAUGUACAUUUUGACUCCAACCAUGGAGACUUCCAAUCGUGUGAUACGUCACUUUCACCACAUGAAAGACAACUUUUUGCGUGUCCAAUUCGUGGAUGAAGCAUCCAACAAAGUUAGUUCGUCUAAUGGUACCCAUAACGAUGCCUUGUAUAACAAGGUUUUCAAAGUUUUAAGUGAUGGUAUCAAGAUCGGAGAUAGACACUACGAGUUCUUGGCGUUUUCGUCAAGUCAAUUGAGGGAUCAUUCAUGUUGGUUUUUUGCUCCAACUGCUUAUAAAUCUGCGGACGAUGUUAGAAAAUGGAUGGGGACCUUUUCCACCAAUAAAAGUGUCGCCAAAUAUGCUGCUCGUAUGGGACAAUGUUUUUCUAGUACUCGCGCAAUCGCGCGUCUGCCGGUCGACGAUAUUGUUAAGAUUCCUGAUGUGAUUAGAAAUCGGUAUACAUUUUCUGACGGAGUAGGAAAGAUCUCUUAUAAAUUAUCAAAGAGAGUGGCUGAUACCUUAGAAUUAAAGACUGUUCCUAGUGCGUUCCAAUUUCGGCUUGCUGGGUAUAAAGGAGUAUUAUGCCAAUCACGCUUUUUGCGAAAUAAUCAAAUUCAAGUGCGUCCCAGCCAGGAAAAGUUCGAAUCGGACCACUAUGUAUUGGAGGUUAUUAGAGGGUCUACUUUCAUUCCUGCUUAUCUCAAUAGGCAGGCUAUUACAUUGUUGUCCGUACUAGGAGUACCCGACAAUGUAUUCAUUGAUCUGAAGAAUGCGCAGGUCAAUGAGCUAGAUAAAAUGCUUAAAAACGAGAAUAACGCCGUAACUGUUUUACAUAAAAACAUUGAUGAACACGGAGUAGCCAAAUCUUUGGCAGACCUUGUGAAGGCCGGAUUUCUGCAAAGCAAAGAUCGAUAUUUGAUGAAUUUGAUCUCUUUAUUCAGUAUUAUGAUGUUGAGGGAUCUUAAGAAAAAAGCAAAGAUCCGUGUAGACAAAGGCGCAUUUUUGUUAGGCGUUUUGGACGAAACAGAGACUUUAAGAGAGGGUCAGGUGUACUGCUGCGUCUCUGACCCGGCAAACCCGUCCAGUAGGAAAGUGAUUACGGGACCUUGUAUUACAUACCGGAAUCCUUGCUUUCAUCCUGGCGACAUACGUGUUGUUACUGCUGUGCAAUGUUCUGCGUUGAGUCACCUUGUCGAUGUGGUGGUAUUCCCAGCAGUGGGCUAUCGUGAUAUUCCUAGUGAAUGCAGUGGAGGAGAUUUAGACGGUGAUGAUUUUACCAUCAUAUAUGAUGAGCGUUUGAUGCCAAAGAUCAGAAACCAUGAGCCGAUGAAUUACGAGGCGCCAAAACCUGAUUUGGUAGAUAAAGUAACCAUGACGCAUAUCAAGCAGUUUUUCGUAAAUUAUAUAUUAUCUGAUCAACUGGGUAUGAUCGCGAAUGCCCACUUGGCAAAAGCCGAUGCCUCGGAAAGUGGCGCAUUUCAUGGGCAAUGUAUACGCCUUGCGCAAUUACAUUCUGAAGCCGUAGAUUUCCCCAAAACAGGAAGACCAGCAAUUUUUCCACCAGAGCUCCGAGCCCGUUCUUUCCCAGACUUUAUGGAAAAGUCCGACAAAAAUAGUUAUGAAUCUAAAAAGGUCCUCGGCAUUAUGUACCGUUCUAUUGAAGUUGCAGAAUUCGAGCCCUACACUCGUUUGAAUUUUGAUGAAAGGUUAUAUGUGGAAGGAUAUAGAGCGUAUUUAGAGAAUGCAAGGUUUCUCAAAAGGACAUACGAUGAGGACAUCAGAGGAUUGAUGAACCAAUUUGGUAUUAUGACGGAGUUUGAAGUAGUCAGCGGAUUUAUCGUAAACACGGUUACGAAAGUUGAUAAAAAGAAGCCACGUGACAUCACCAAAUCUGUUUUAGACGCUAUGGGUCCAAUCAAGAAGCAUUAUAGGAGAGAAUUUGAAAAAGAGUUUUAUGGUGAAGGAACUAAUGUGGUUUCACCAGAAGCUCGUAAUCGAAUGGAAGCAAAAGCAUUUGCGUGGUAUUAUGUAACGUAUCAUCCUUCCGAAUUGGGAGACGAUGCUUCGGAAAAUAUGAUUACAUUUCCUUGGAUCGUUCAUGAUACUUUAUGUGAAAUCGCAAUUCGAAACAAUAAUAGAGCGAAUAAUCCGUUCCAAAAUAUUCCCCGGCAGAAUUUAUCUCAUGAAACUAAUGGAACAAACGGAAACGGAACAAAUGGUAUUAUGAGUCAUCAAACUACAACAAAUACUAUUCAUCAUAAUUCCACAACGUAUAACAAUUACGUGCAUGGUAAUGCUAUUUAUGACAAUCCAGAUGAUCCAGAUCAAUUUGUUGAUGACUUUAUUGACGACAAUGAUGACGGUAUGGAUAGAUUGAUCCAAUCUCUUAUGAAAUAG